AGUGCAGAAGUUAGAAGCUGGAGAUUACCGCUUACGAAUGGACUUUCAUCAGUUUAUACUUGACUCCAACGACGCAGAUCCAAAUUUUUUACGGGUAAUAUUGUGGACUGAUGAAUCACUCUUCACUCGGGAGGGGUGUUUCAAUCAGCACAAUAGUCAUUAUAAUGCAGAGGAAAAUCCGCACAUGACGGUGAACCGUAAUUUCCCGAAUAAAUGGAAGAUCAAUGUCUGGGGUAAAAUCAUCGGUGACCACGUCAUUCUUUACGAACUACCCGAAACGAUGGACAGCACCCAAUACUUGACAUUCCUGCGCGAUAAACUUUCUCGACUACUAGCUGAAGUGAAUAAGCAGCCGACGUGGUUCCAGCAUGAUGGAGCACCGAGUCACUAUGCUGGUACAGUACAAGAGUUCCUCAACGGGGUUUACCCUCAGUGUUGGUUGGAAAGAAACGGACUACUUUUUGCGGGGAAAUUUCAAGGAAAUGGUUUACUCUGAUGAGCCCGAGGACCAAAUGGAGACCGUGGCCCGAAUUCAUGCUGCUCAGAAAACAGUCACUGCGAAAAUGCUAGAAAAUGUCCGAGAAAAUCUACUCAAGCGAUGCCGGCUCUGUCUUCAAGUGAAUAGACGACAUUUUGAGCCCCUACUUGAUUAAAUGUCGACGUAUUCCUUUUUAUUUUACGAAUAAUUGUAAAUAAAUAAUCGAA